UCAGGUCAAUAUGUUUGUGGAAGGAUUCCAUGAUGCUAUUAUCCUAUAUGCCAUAGCAUUACAUGAACUAUUGAAGAGUGGUUUCAGCAAAAAAGAUGGAGAUAAACUGGUUCAUCGGAUGUGGAACCGAACAUAUGAAGGUAUUGCCGGUCAGGUGUCCAUCGAUGCUAAUGGAGACCGCUACGGGGAUUUCUCAGUGAUUGGCAUGACGGACCUGGAAACAGGUACACAAGAGGUGAUUGCAGACUACUAUGGAAUUCAAGGAAACUUUGAACUUCGACCAAACGUGAAGCUCCUGUGGGGAUCUGGUAGAAUAAGACUAGAAGAAAAUAAAGUAUUCGAA